CUCGAGUACAUAAAAUACCUGGGUUUGAGUGUUAGAUACUCUGCUGGAAAGGUUGCCGAAGAAUAUACACCAUGUCUGCUUCUGCGCUUCAGGUUGCUACGUGUGCUGUGUUGCUCACAGGGGUUUGGGGACUACCAUUUGUCUCCGAGGAAGAAGCCAAUGAGUUCUUAGGACUUAAGAGACAAGCACUUUUUCCAGACUAUUGGGACCCAGCUAGCCCCCAGAAUGGCUGGGGUGUGACCGUGGCAGAACAGGCCAGCGAAUACUGGACAUCACUGAGGACGUCAGCACAGUAUUACAUGGAUUUGGGACCUGUCGCAUUUGAUACCGAUACAGCCAGGGACCACAUUAACUCUUACAUGGAUCUGUUACGGGAAUCGGGAGCGCAUCUUCCGCAGCGGAAACGUAAACGCCACAUCCUUUCUGGACCUGAACCAGGCGAGAAUAAUUGUGGAUAAAGUCCAUUGUUUAUGCCAACUUGACUGUCAAUACCUCAGAUGAACUGUACUAUCCAAUGGAAAUUCUUUUCAUAGGGUCCAAAUUAACUCUCAUAUGGAUGUGUUGUGGCAAUUGGGAGCAAAUCUUCAGCAGAGGAGAAGUAAACGCCACAUUGUUAUAGUGGAACCAGACAUUGAUCCGAUCCCUCCACUCGGAUUUUAGUCCAUUGCUUAUGUCAACACCUCGGGCAAAUUGUACUACCUAAUGGAUAGUCGGCAUCCUUUGAGUCAACAGAAACAUCUUCAGAAAUACUUGGAUUAAAACAGGCAUAGGCAAACUCGGCCCUCCAGAUGUUUUUGGCCUACAACUCCCAUGAUCCCUAGCUAGCAGGACCAGUGGUCAGGGAUGAUGGGAAUUGUAGUUCCAAAGCACCUGGAGGGCUGAGUUUGCCUAUGCCUGGAUUAAAAUAACAAGAGCUGAAUCCAUCAGGAAGCCAUCCAUCUUUCUCAGAAGUAUAGCAGGUGCCCAAGAGGUGCCUAUUCAUCUCUUGUACAGCUCUUGUUUGCCUCAGGCUGUAGCCUUAGAGCUGCUUACCUGGGACUAAGCCCUAUUGUAUCCCGCACAUCUGACUG